AUGAACAACAAUGACCCAAGUGAUCCUGGAGAUUCAUCAGGAGAUGACGACUUCGUUGAAGAGAAGCCCCUAGAACCCAGACCAUACAAAACGGAUCAUGAAGAUGAAACUAUUUAGGUAAAUUGGCAUUUCUAAUUAUCCAUCAAGGAAAUCCAAUCCUUUACUGUGAAAGACAGGCCCCUCAUCAAGAUGCAAUUUAUUAAAAAGAGAAAAGAAUUUGGUUUGACAUUCAAAUUCAGCGAUUAGGAGACAUCUGAGAGAACAGGUGAGAUCAAGGCUCUAGAGAAGGAUCCCCUUCAACUCGUCAAAAAUAAGGUCAUUGAGAUGGGCAUACAAGGAUGCAACCCUUUCCAGGACGCCAGUUCUUAGACUGUCUGGAAUAGAAAAAUUAAUAAGGCUUUGCAAGUCGAUGAAGGGGAUGAGAGAUAAGAAUAGCCAGAUGAAGACUUUAAAUUGCUUAAAUUCUUGGAGACAGUUUAUCCAUUGAUGGAGGAAGCGUUGUAAUCGAAUGAAACUAUUGAUAUCUAUUAGGACGAUUUCAAUGUCUUGCCACUCUCAGAACAAAAUGGAGAUUAAAAUGCUGAGCUUACUAAUGUGAUCAAAGAAAUCAAAAGUUUCAGUUACUUAAAUUGUAAAGGUAAAAAAAUACAAUGCAUUCAAUUCCAACCCACUAGUUAAGCCAUCAAAUCCAAGUAUAUCGUUGCAGAAUCCUUCGUCGAAAACCUCCUCUUUGAAGAAAGAGCCAUCUAUCAAUUGAAAUCCCAUAAAUCACUCAUUGUAUUCUGGGAUUUCGAAGACAUUCAUUCAAUUGAACCAGUGCUCCUAUUGCAAUCUCCCCUUGAGAUCCUCUCUUUUGAAUUCAAUCCCAAGGAUCCCAAUAUAAUCGUAGGUGGCACUAUCAAUGGCUAAGUGAUGUUAUGGGAUCUCAGUGGCACAGCUCUCUCUGUUUUUGCAUCCAAAAAAACAUAAAAAACUAAAUAAGAACGAAAUGAAAUUCAAGAACUUCAACCCAAAAUGGUAUCAGCACUACAAGAUCCUGCAUCAUAUCAGGCUGGCUCAUCUAAUGAAGUCUUGAGAAAACAAGUUGCAUCUCACAAGAAUUUUGUCUUGGCUGUCAAAUGGUUCCCCAUUGGAAUGGAAUUCGAUAAGAAGCAUUUCAAUCAUCUGAUACUUACAUCCUCUCAAGAAACCUAUCAAUUUGCUAGUAUUAGUUCAGAUGGAUAAAUUCUAUUUUGGGACACCAGAUUGAUUGACAAGGAUAGCAAAAAGACACAAUAAGACAUCUCAACUAUUCCUUGGAAAGCCACCUAUGGAAUAUAGUUGUAUAGACCAGAAGGAGGAGGAAUGAUGAGUGGAGGAUAAAUAUAAUUCAGGAAAAAUUAAAAAACUCCAACUUUAUCAGGCACAUCAGAUGAAGGAGAAGUCUUCAUUAUGGAUUGGGGAGAAAAACAAGGGGAAGAGGGAUAAAAGAAUUAAUUGGUAUCUUCAAUUUGGUAAUAAUAACGAAGUAUGAGACCACCUAUUGCUUUGGAUGUAAGUCCAUUCUUUGAAGAUGUACUACUGACAUUGCAUGAUUUCAACUUUUGUGUUUGGAAACAUAAUGUUACUUUUCCAAUUUUUGAAAGUCUCAUCAUGAAAGGUGCCCAUAUUACUUGUGGAGGAUUCUCUCCUUAUCGUGCUGGUGUCAUUAUUGUAGGAAAGACAGACGGUAAUUUGGAUGUUUGGGAUAUGUUGGAUUAAUCUCAUAAAUGGACUAUUCAAUUCUAGGUAGUAGCAUGUGCUAUUACAUCAUUGAAAUUCAAUGAUAAUAUGGCUCAUAUUGUGGCAAUUGGCGAUUCAGAUGGUACAUUGCAUUUACUUGAAUUUCCUUAAAGUUUGUGUAAAGAUUAAGGAAAUGAAGUCAAGGCUAUGAGAUUAUUCUGGGAAAGAGAAGUCAAAAGAGUAAAUUACUACUCUGAAAGAUUCAAAAUCAGAGAAUAAUAAGCAAAAUAACAAAAUGAAAAAGAAAUUCAAGCUUAGCCUGCAAAAGAAACAAAACAAUCCGGCGAUACUAAGGUUCUGGAUGAAAUAGCCAACUUUGAAAAUGAAUACUAAAAAUUCAAAGAUGCUUUAUUGGGGAUUGGUCCUAAACCUGAGGAUGAAAAGGGUGCUGCCAAAGGUAAGAAAUGA